UAGAAGUGUGCCCCAAUCCUAAUAUGGUUUUUAGCAAUUCUCCCAAAUAAAAAUGUAGAAGAGAAAAAGAAAUAGAGCUAUAUCCAUUGAGCCUUCAACAAAAUUCCAUGUCCCCACCCUCACCAGUGCUAGCAUAAAUAGUGCUUCUUCUCUUAGAAUAUCCUCACACCAAAUAGUUGGAAGCAGUAUCUCAUGAUCAUCAGCGCCGCUACAUACUGUGGUAUAAAUUAAAGAGAUAUGGAUGAGAUAUCAAAUGGUAACGGAGUGGUUGUGCUCAUAAAAGACGGCGAUUUCAAUCAAGAUUCCGACGCUGCCGUGGCUACCGGAUGCUGCUCUCUCACUGUCCCCUUUAUACAAAAGAUAAUAGCGGAGACGCUGGGGACAUAUUUCUUGAUAUUCGCCGGCUGUGGCGCUGUGGCGGUUAACGCCGACAAACAGAAGGUGGUGACGCUCCCCGGUAUAGCCAUAGUGUGGGGGCUGGUGGUCAUGGUCAUGGUUUACUCUGUCGGCCACAUCUCCGGCGGCCACUUCAACCCCGCCGUCACCAUUGCCUUCGCUUCCUGCAAGAGGUUCUCUUGGAAACAGGUACCUGCCUAUGUAGCCGCUCAAAUGGUUGGAGCAACCCUGGGCGCCGGAACCCUACGACUAUUGUUCAGCGGGCCGCACGAUCACUUCACCGGAACCCUGCCUACUGGCACUGACGCACAGUCGUUGGUUGUAGAAUUUAUAAUCACAUUCUACCUCAUGUUCGUCAUUUCCGGCGUCGCCACUGACAAUAGAGCUAUUGGUGAACUUGCUGGGUUGGCUAUUGGAUCAGUUAUAUUGCUGAAUGUGAUGAUUGCUGGGCCGAUAUCGGGAGCGUCUAUGAAUCCAGCAAGGAGUUUAGGGCCAUCAAUAGUGUCGAACAAUUUCAGAGGCAUAUGGAUCUAUUUGGUUGGGCCAAUAGGUGGUGCGAUUGCUGGAGCAUGGGUCUACAAUCUUGUUAGAUUCACUAAUAAACCUCUUCGUGAAAUAACUAAAACUGCUUCCUUUUUGAAGAGUUCAACUCGGAACAAUUCAAACUAAACUACUAUCCCCUGCCCCACUCUUUAUUGUGAUGCAUACAUCCUUGUUAUGAUGAAAAUAAGACACAGGUUGUUGAUUGGUCUGAAUUAUAUAUAGUACGUACAAUACGCCUAUUGAUAUAUAUAUCGGAAAAUGUUCAGAAAGUGAUAAACUAUUUAUGAGAAUCAAUUUUAUCACCUGGAUAGUGGAUGAUCAAGAAUCCAGCAAGGGGCAAUAUUUAGUAGUGCAGAUUAUAAUAUUUUCACUUCGAAUGAAUUCAUAUGUCUCACAGCAUUAAGGAUGUAGUUUGAUUAUAUUGAUAAUGUAUUGUAAGUAGAGAAAAUAGCUAGUGUGUGAUAUAAUAGAAAACCCAUAGAUAUGUAAUUGUAUAAAUUUAUAAUAGUGCAUUAUUUUGUUCAUAUUUUUGUAA